AGGAUUUCGCGCGAAAACUCUGGGAGCCUUGUUUAGAUGUAGAUCAGCUGAGACAAUAACAACAAUAACAGUCGAAAUCGGGGUCGGGGAACUGGGGUGACCGCUCGGACCGCUGCGGCUGUGAACGAUUGAAGCACCGGCGGCCGCAGUCGUGAAGGAUGCGUGUGUAUUCCAUCGAUUUUUACUCCUAUAUGUCUCUGUUUUUGUGUCCGACUUUGCUUCCUGCGUGUCCCAACAAAAACGAGGGGGUUGAAGAAGUCCGGCUAAUGAGUGAGCUAACAGGCUAAUGUAACAUAAACUCAGAACUUAAGCAUUUUAUACGUGUUUUCUGAAAGUAAUAGAAGCUAUAUGAUGCUAAUUGACUAAGAUCUUUUCUAGAUGUAUCGAUGCGCCUUGUGUGGUGUAUAUAUUUUAAUAUCGGGAGCUUACUUUUGGGAAAGUUUUUGUAGGGUUUGAACUAAACAUCUGCUGUGUCGUGGGCAGGAAUAAUAAAGUGUAGGAGCAGUUGAAUGAUAUCUUAUCAGCUGUUUGUUGGUGAUCUUAGACGUGUGGUCGGGACUGAAGCUAACUUGUUAGCAUUGGUAGCUCGGUGUUGACUGUGUUAUAGGACAGUAUGUGGCCCAGGCCUCGACCUGUGGUUUUUUACUGUACUGACAGCAGAGAUGGAAACAAAAGAUUAGCCUGUUAGCUUUAUUGCCAUUUCAUCGCAUAGUGUGCCAACUCUUUUUCUUCUUCACAUAACAGCGACACAGCUGCUAUGCAUUUAGCAACAUUAUUUUAUUUGCCAAAUGUUCUGUUUGGCACAACAUCCUGUUUCCUAGAUGCUGCUUUUGUCUACGUAAACCAAACCAAACGAGCUCUGACCUACGUGUGAUAUUGUAUUAUUUCCAUAGCUUUGUAUGUAGUUAACAGCGUGUAUAGCACAGGUGAACCCAAGACUAGUGCAGGGAAGACAGUAAUGAGAUGUUGGAGCAGUAUACAGCACUGAAAUCGAUCGAGCUUUUCAAAUGUCACUCCUGUGUUUAAAUUGUGUGUGAGACGCACAGUCAUAACUUUAACACCCCAGAAAUUCUACUAAAGGGGUUUCACGUAGUGAGGGCCAUGUCAGAGACUCUGAUCUCAGGCCAAACAUCCGAGGACCUUCUGGCCGACUUUGAGACUCUGCUGAACUCUGGCAGUAUCAACCUGGGCGAGGACCACCAGAUAGUGAUCAUCACCAGCCCCAGCAAUGAGGGUAUCCACCCGACCAUCGCCCCAACCAGCACAGGGGAGAUACUGCUUUUUGCCACGCCACAGGGUCCUGCAGAUGUCCAGGAGAAGAGGAGGCCAGCUCUGGGGAGACCACCGGUGAAAAGAAAGUUAGACCUAGACAGUGACCAUCAGUAUGUCAGCACAACUCGACCCCCAACAUGCCAAGCACCACCAUCCACACCUGCUCCACCCAGAGUUCCCAGAAAUUCAACUGAAAAGUCUCGAUAUGACACUUCCUUAAACCUGACGACCAAGCGCUUCCUGAACUUGUUGUCUCAGUCAGCUGAUGGUGUGGUCGAUCUGAACUGGGCCUCACAGGUUCUGGAUGUGCAGAAAAGACGCAUCUAUGACAUCACCAACGUCCUGGAGGGAAUCCAGCUAAUCUCUAAGAAGUCCAAAAACAAUAUCCAGUGGCUUGGAAAUCGAAUUGAUACAGCAGUGGUUUCUCGUCAUAAGGAGUUACAGAGUGAGGUGUAUGAUCUCACAGAAGCUGAGGAGCAACUGGAUGACCUUAUUUCUAAAUGUAAUCUGCAGCUGCGGUUGCUGACUGAAGAUCCACAGAACAAGAAGUUGGGUUAUGUGCGCUGCCAGGACCUGAGGAAGUCCUUUGAUUCUCCUGACCAGCUGGUAAUGGUGAUCAGAGCUCCACCAGAGACUCAGAUGCAAGUCUCAGAACCCAGUGAGGGUUACAAGGUGUCGCUGAAGAGCAUGCACGGUCCGAUCGACGUCUUCCUUUGUCCAGAUGACAGCUCUGGUGUUUGUAGUCCCGUGACAGGAAGUAGUCCCACAAAACCAAAUAAUGACCCCUCCCUCUUCCCAUCUCUCACACAAACUACAGACCAGACGCAAGCUGCAACUCCCCCAACUGUCCUAGAGGUUGGUUUAAGGUCUCCAGUGUGCUUGUCUUCCACUGUGGCAGCAGCAUCUCAGCACGAGCCCACAUCACUGGUGUUAGGAGGAGAUACAGAAUCACUGUUGGGAGGAGAUCCCUUCUCUGGCCUUGGAGACAUCCCUGACUUUGACCUUUCACCCCUCGCCUCUUCGGACUUCCUGAAUGCUGAUGGUUUCCCUCUCCCGCUGGACGGUUUUAUCACGCUGUCGCCUCCUCAUAACCAUGAUUAUCAUUUUGGACUGGAGGACCACGAAGGCAUCAGCGAACUGUUUGACUGUGACUUUGGUGACCUGUCGCAGGUUUUGGGGGGAGAGUUAGAGACGGAAAGGGGAGAAGGUGAGGAAGAGACUGUGGGAGAAUCUUCAGGACUAGAGUCUCUGGUAAGAAGACGAUAAUGACUGGAAAUCAUGGUUUUAUAGAAAAUGUUGUUAUAAAUGUUGUGACUGCGGGGUGUGGACCAUUGUUUGCAUUGUAAUUGCCCUGUGAUCCUGAUAAUUCCAACCAACAACCCUAUAAUUGUACAGCACAUUCUUAGCACUUCUCUUUGGCCAUUCAAACAUGUAGCUUUAGUUUAGCUAUUUAAAUUAUUUAUAUGAAUGUUAUUUUGGUAUUUUCUAUCAAAUGACGUUUUGUUCUUGUUGAUGUUGUUGUUGUUGUUGUUGCUGAUGUUGAUGUUUUAUCCAAGUUGAUGUUGCAGGUGUCGUGUGUGUUAGGAGUAUGGACUCCUCCAGUUUGGUUUCCUUAACACUGAUGACCUAAAAACCUGGUUUCUUGAGAUGAUUGGCACCGGAAAGUGUUUUAGUUCUGCACGACUCAGACUAGGUUUUAAUUUCUUUCUGUGUCCUGAUCUUUGAACACUUCUGCUUUUAGGAAACCAGCUGUUUAAGUUGUCUAUAGUUAUGACCAGGUUUUCUAGAAGCAUCUUUGAACUACAGUGAAGUAAACAAUGUGUUGGAAUCGCAGGUUCACCAUCAAAGGUUAAAGGCUCCUCCUUUAUAGGUAUUUGUGUCCAUAACACUUCAAUCCUGAAAAACUGGAUCCUUAAACAUCUCUGAAAGAAACAGUGGGAUCUUCAGCAAAGACAAGUUUGAUGUACUUCAGUUUACUGGAAGGGACUCACAAGAACAUAAAUGUUCUGCAUUGUCCGGAGUGAGGACACAUUGUCGGAAGGAAAUCUAACUGAGUUUGAGAUGCUUUUUGAAGAACAUGAUCCCUAUGUACCAACAGUUUGUUUAUGUAUAGAUAUAACAUGACUGCUUAAAAGAAUAAUGGUGGGAACUGCAGUUUAAGAAAGAGUAAUUAAGUAGGGCUGUCACUUUUCAUUCAUGGAUUGAAGAUUAAAGGGGUUUAACUUAAAUCACAUAAACCGAGAAAGUGUUGACUGAAAGUUGUGAGCCCUUCUUUGCACUCUGGUAAAACAAAGCAUUUGCACUUAUUUUUUUUUUCUGUGAACAAGACAUAUGACCUGUUCAUUGUGUGCAAAAAUUACUGAAACAAAUCAUUACAUGUAACAUUUAUGGGGUUACAAAGAAUUUUGAAAAAAAACAAAAACCUUUUGUAGUUAUGCCACUCUGUGCCUGUCCAAGAGGCAUAUACUGACUUAAUUAGUCUAUAGAUUACUAAACACCUACCAGAAGCUUGUUUGAUUUUUGCCAGAUACAAGGACAAUUAAUUAUUAUUAUUAUUAUUACAUUUUUAACAUUUGGAAAGCCUGCAAAUUUCAAGUAGGAAGCUUUUCUUGUGCAGUACUUUAAGGCCUCUGUACCUGUGCAGACUUACUUCACUUACUUCAAUACUCUGCUGUUACAGACAUUCAACCAGAAGCUAGUGUGCUGUUGACAGGAAAGCCAGUCAGUCACUCUGGUCUCACAAAUAUGACAACAAUGUGUCUAAAAAAUAGUCAAAUUUUCGAUUUAAGAGUUAAUAUAAGAAGAUGCGGUGUUGGUUUGACUAUUAAUGUAACGAUACACUCAACUCACCCGCACGGAGACCAGGGAUUUUUGGGUAACAAGUGACAGCCCUACUGUUUAUAGGAGAUCAUGUGACGACAGACCGCCGCAGAAAUUAAAGAAGAAAAAACUUUUGAAUAAUGAUUGUGUUGUGUCCUCUUAGAUAGGCAUUUAGCCUUAGUCUAAGGUGUCUGGAGCAGAGCAAAGUCUUAAAUCGAUGUUUAAAAUGCAACGUGAGUGUUUUAGAAGUCUUUCUUGGGUCAUGUGUAAGUUAAUUGUUAGAUGUGUAGAAGACGUGUGAUGAUGGAGACUGUUUUUGAGCUUUGCAGUGGCUGAAGUUUACCAGAGGUGCAUCUAUGUCCUCUUGAUAGUCUUUUCCUGUCAUUGUGGCGCUUUCAUCAUUUUACGUCAGAUAUACAGCACUGAUGUCUUCAGCAGAGGGUUAACUGUGGAAGUGAUGCACUUGUGAAUGGAAUUCAAGUGGGACGUGUCUCUAUUGUUCAGUGUGUGCACUUCCGAUCGGUUCAGGAAGUUAAUGUGUAUGCCUUAAAUCAAUGGCCUUUCACAGAGUGAAAGGUUGUAAACCUUAUUUUUAACCCCACAGUGAGGACUCCUCCCUGGAUGUCUUCUCUGCAGCGUCCCCUCCACAGGCUACUUUCAUUGUUUACCUGGUCAAAGUCACAUUGACUUUGAAUUGUUCAACAAUAUAUCACAUGUUCAAACUGUCUUUUCAGUGUGCGGAUGAAAACAUUCUCUCCUACAAACUCUGUUUUCUUGCUCUUACGCGUUAGCUCGUCAUAGGCUGGCUGCGAGAAAUAGACGUAGCAAUGUGUUUUGAAAGUGAAGCUUUUUUUUAAUCUUAAGUUCAUGAGACAAUGGAAUUUCCAAGUACAUGUCUAAGUCUCCCUCUGUAUAAGUAAGAUGGUUUUGUCAAUGAUGUUCUGAAAAAAGUUUUACACAACCCGUGCUGUGUUAGUUGUUCAUUUUUGCUCACCAACUACUGUUGUAUAUUGGCAAGAAUCUGGCGAUACAAGCCUUUAACACAAGGGAGUGAAUGUAUAUCUAGUGCUUCACUUAAUUUCAACUUCAGUAAUACAGCGUUCAUUUAUAUAUUGCCUUGCAUAACCAGCCUAGCACACCCUGUCCACUUUCAGACAACCUCACUCUUGGCUACGUCCAUUUGUUUUAUAUACAGUUUAUGAUGCAGACGUAUUUUCCAUUCUGUGUGUGUUGUGUUUGUCUUGGAGUGUUUGUGUGUGUGUUUGAUAUACAUAUAAUUGUUUUAAUUUUAUAUUUAUUUAAUAAUGUUUGGAUAAAAAUAUGGUACAAAACUUUUCAUUCAUUCACUGGAUGUUGGGGAAUAAUAUAUAGGUAUAUUCUUUUUUUUAAAAUCCUGUCUAUUGUGGAAAGGUUUAGCUUCUCAGAUUAAAACUCAACUUUGAAAGUAUUUUGACACUGAAUUCAGUUUGCAUCAUUUUACAUUCACAUCUAAUUGGGGGAAAAUACCAAACACACUGAAAGCAAGAAUCCUUACUACAGUGUAAAUUGUACACCUUUUCUAUACUUCCUCGUAGGUUCCUUAGAUUUAGGUGACUGUAUGAAAAACUUUUAACCAGCUAUUUUUGUCCUAUUUUUGAAACUAUAAAAUCCUGCCUUUGUAAAGUUUUCAGCUGACGGCUUCUUCACAGGCCCCGUACUGUCGGCCUGAGUAGAAUGUAUCAUUAGUUUUGUAUUUCCAGCCUUCAUCAGUGGAUGAAACCUUCAUAAUUAAUGUUUGUUCUAAUAAUGCAGUUCAUGUGUUCAUUUUCAGUUCCUCUGCAGGGUGUACAUGUGCAGUGCCUUGUGGGUGUUUAAAUAUGAUCUAUUCAUGAAAUAAAUCAGGAUCUAUUUGUCUUUAGAGUAAAAUAAUGCAGUGUUCUGGGUUUGUUUGUUUUUUCAUCAGGGUUUUUCCAUUUGGUGGGGACUGUGUUUGUCCAUUUAGUCAAUGCAAUUGUUGCUAUUGCUAUUUUGGAGUCUUGUGAAUCUGAAAUUGGCCAUUGUGAUUUGAUUAACACAUGGGAAUUGACUUCAACCUAAAUUCAGUUAAAAUGCUUUUAGAUUAAACUGUGGUUCAUCAGACAACUUGACUAUCAGCCUUUUUCAUCCAGGGUAUUUAAAAAAAACAUGUUUGUACUUGUUAAUUAAUAAUACUCAGAAAUUUGCCCUUUUGUAUUGCAUUUUGGCAAAAUAAAUCAUUUUGAUUUGA